AUGGAACAAUUGCACAAAUUACAAGCAACCAUUUUUCAAAAUGCUCCGACUGCCCCAGAUGGCCGGUCCGAUGCCGAGGCUGCAGCAACGCCCUCGGUGAAGCAGACUUCGCUACUCCAUGAUUUGACUCACCUUGGACGAGACAACGCGGCGACUUUGGUUCAGGCCUUCAACACAUUGGUAUCAGGAGAACCGCUUAAUGACAAAGAGCUGUUACUCGAACAUGGCGUGCACAUGCUUCAGUCUCUCCCUGCCAACAGCGGACUAGGUGCAAAUGCUGCUGGUCGGUUCAUCAAAAUGCUGUGGGAUGACUUGCCUCACCCACCAGGAACCACAGCUGGUCCUACGACAAGAUACAGGAGGCACGACGGAGGUAACAAUAAUCUCUGGGACCCUGAAUUGGGAAAGGCAGGGUCCCCUUACAGCCGAAGCGUGCCGCCCGUGAAACCAAAGGGCCCCAACUUGCCGGACGUGGAACUGGUCUUUGAAUAUCUGCUUAGGCGUAAAGAAGGAGAGUUCCGCAAGCACCCAUCCGGCCUGAACAGAUUGUUCUUCUCCUUCGCCACAGUCGUCAUUCAUGAGUGCUUCCAAACUUCAAGGGACAAUAAAUGGGUCAACGAGACGUCCAGCUAUGUCGACCUGAGCACGCUCUACGGAAACACGAGCAAGGAGCAGAAGCGAGUGCGGACGUACAAGAAUGGACUCAUCUACCCAGAUUCGAUCGCUUCGGAGAGGAUCAUGCUGAUGCCACCGGGCGUCAUUGCUGUUCUGAUGAUGUUUUCCAGAAACCACAAUCACAUCGCCGAAACGCUCUUGUCCAUCAAUGAGCAAGGAAAUUAUGGUCAAUGGGAUAGUCUGACAGAAGAAAAACAGAAAGCGCAAGACGAAGAUAUCUUCCAGCUAAGCAGAAACAUUAACGUCGGCUUCUUCGCCUCCGUAGUGCUGAGAGACUACGUUGCCGCCAUUUUGAAUACGCCACGGGCUAAUUCUGAAUGGUCUCUCAACUUAGUGGAGUUUGCAGUUCUCUACCACUGGCACGCCGCACUCAGCGCCGCCGACGCAAAAUGGAUGGAUGAUGUGAUUAGUCGGAAUCUUUCCCAGAUAAAGUCUGUGGACGAAAUGACGCCGCGGCUCUUCUGGCAGAUGACAGAGAAGAUCACAACGGACUUGAUGUCGAAGCCUGCCAGCGAAUGGACCUUUGGAGGUUUAAAGCGUGGCCCUGAUGGAAGGUUCGACGACGCCGAUCUUGGCCGCCUCAUCAAAGACUGCAUCGAGGAGCCAGCUCACGCAUUUGGAGCUAAUGGUACACCGGCAAGCCUGAAGGUGGUAGAUCUCAUGGGCCAGCUUCAGGCCAGAGAGAUAUUCAACACCUGCACAUUGAAUGAAUUCCGGAAAUACCUCAACUUGACGGCGUACAAGAGUUUCUCGGAGUGGAACGAUGACCCCGAAAUUUCUCGAGCCGCCGAGCUCCUGUACGGCCACAUCGACAAUCUCGAACUAUAUCCGGGUCUACAGGCCGAGUGUACCAAGCCACCAAUGCCUGGAAGUGGUGUCUGUCCAGGUCAAACAACCGGACGUGGCAUCCUGGAUGAUGCCGUGGCCCUUGUGCGAGGCGACCGUUUCCUCACCUACGACUUCAAUAGCAACACCCUCACCAAUUGGGGCGUGUCCAAACUUGCCGAUCUCCCCGGAGGCGCGUACGGAGGCAUACUGUCCAAGCUCAUCUUCAACGGCCUCCCUGGGGAGUUUACCGGCACAUCAACCUAUGCUUUGCUGCCGUUCUACACGCCCGAGGCGGUCAAGGGCAUCCUCGAAGGCAACAAGGUGCUGGCCAAGUAUGAUCUUGCGAGACCUCGACCCAAUGCGAUGAAGCUAGUGGGUAUUCAUACUCAAGAGGGUGUCAAGAAGGCCUUUGAAGAUCGAGAAACAUUCCACGUCAUGUAUCAAGCGGCGAUCCGCAACUGCACCGACGGCCACGAAUUCAUGAUCGGCUGGGACGACCAGAAACGCCACGACCCACGUUCUGUCAUCCUCCACAAGGCCUUUUUCGAAGAGAAUUUUGAGGCGAAUCUUACAAAAUACUUUCGAGAGACGGUCAGAAGCCUGAUCCACAAGAGCACGCUCAAGUAUCCGGAUCGUCGACGGUCGAUUGACAUUGUCCGAGACGUCUGCAACGUCACGCCGAUCAUGUGGCUCGCCCGCCGUUUUGCGAUUCCGAUCAAGGACGCCGCCCAUCCACGUGGCCUGGUCACCAUUCCGGAGCUGUUUGAUAUCUAUCUCGUCCUCUUCAUGUACCAGAGCUUCAAUAUCUUGCCGGUGAAUGAGUGGAAGCUGAGGGAGACGGCCGAGACGGUUGCGCCGAUCCUCCGACAAAUCUUUACAGCUCAUCUCCGGACCCAGCGGGGUGUCACGGAGUACAUUGUGGAUUGGCUCGCCAAGGGCUCCGCGUAUGAAGUUGGGCCGGAUGCGGACCGGUUCUACCACGCCAUGAACAAGACAGGAUUGGACAUUGGCGACAUCGUGGGUGACUGCAUCGGCAUGGGUGCCCCUGUCGCGGGCAACAUCACGCAACAAGCAUCCCUGCUGAUCGAUCUCUACCUCCGCGACGAAUACGCGCAAUACAAAAGCCGCAUCGUGGAGCUCGCGCAAAAGGACGACGAAGCCUCGGACAAGGAACUGCUGGGGUUCGUGUUCGAGGGCAUGCGCCACGCCGGCGUCGUGCCCGGUCUGCCCCGCGUGGCCUCGCGGGAUGUGACAUUUGACGACGGCGCCCGCGGCCCCGUUGACAUCAAGGCCGGUCAAUACGUGCUCAUCGCCACGUCCUCGGCGGCCAUGGACCCAGUGGCUUUCCCGAACCCGGAGAAGAUCGAUCCGCACCGCCCAAUGUCAUCCUACACGCUUCUCGGGCACGGCAUGCACUACUGCUUCGGCGCCAGAUUGGUCGGCCCCGCCCUGGUCGCCACGCUCAAGGAGGUGUUCCGGCUGAAGAACCUGCGCCGCGCCGCCGGUCGACUGGGCCGCUUCAGCGUCAUAGAGCACGACAUCGCGGGCGUCAAGGCCAAGAUCUAUCUCGACGGCAAUGCCAAGGAGUCGCCCAUCCCGACCACGCUGCAUCUCUUGUACGAUGAGUGA